GAAAGAACUGAGCAUGAGUCAAUUACAGGCGUAGCUUACAGACUGUGCUUUUAUAUGAACAUGGAGCUUGCUGAAGAAUACGGGACGGUGUUUCUCCAACAUUCUUUGGAAUGGCUUCGUAGCUUUUCUCUUUCUGUCGCCCUUGGUUGUCUCGUGGUCACUGUAAUAACAUCGUAUGUCGCAUAUUGUUACUUUCAUAGAAGAGGAAUAACCUUCAGCUGGCAUCCAGGCACCCGUCGAGUGAACAGUCGCAUCAGCCUCAGUGGAAAGACAGUGCUUAUAACAGGUGCCAAUGCUGGUAUUGGUCUAGAGACUGCUAUUGACCUUGCUAGCCGAGGAGCUAGGGUUAUCAUGGGAUGUCGCAACCCGACCAAAGCAAAAGUAGCAGUAGCCGAUGUCCGCAAGAGAUCAUCCAAUGAAAAUGUCAUCUUCAAGCAAAUAGACCUAUCAGACUUGAAUUCAGUCAAAAAGUGCGCAGAGGAAAUUCUAAAAGAAGAGGAGAGACUUGACGUUCUCAUAAACAAUGCAGGACUGGUAACUUUCUCCGACCGGGGCCUGACGCCAGAAGGCUAUGAUAUCACCAUGGCAACGAAUCACGUUGGGCAUUUCAUGCUAACUUUGUCGUUGAUUAAUCUUAUUAAGAAGAGUGCCCCCAGUCGGAUCAUCAAUGUAUCAUCGUUCGGUCACCUCAGGAUCAAACAAAUUGAUUACACAGAUAUAUCAGGCAAAGGAGUAUCUGGAUUUAAUCGUUACAAACAGAGUAAACUGGCAAAUAUUCACUUCACUAAAGUGCUAGCACGCCGCCUAUCGGGGACUGGUGUCACAGCGUAUUCGGUAAAUCUUGGGACUGUAUAUACUAACAUCUGGGAGUCAAGCAGGGUCAGUUUAAAGCCCGGAAUGUUCCGCGAUAUCUUAUCACUGACAAUGCCACUUUUAAGACUCUUAUUGCUAAAUGAGAAGGAUGGCGCCCAAACAACUAUCUACUGUGCUGUAGACGAAUCGAUCACACACCUUUCUGGUGGAUACUUCACAAACUGUAGCCUGGGAAAGGAGUCUAAGUUGGCUGAAGACGAGCAAGUUGCCAAACAACUUUGGGAUAUCACCUGCAAGGCGACUGGCGUCGACCCUAAUAUCUUACCAGAAUAAGGUUUUCCGUCUCAUUUUAAUUUCUAUAUGUACUUUUUAUUUGUUAUGAAUGAAAUAUUUCAAUUGUCCCCCUUUUCGGUGAAGGUGUAAUACUUCUAAAGCUCCAUAAUCAAAAGAAAAUAUGUGUGCCUGGAUAGUUCCAAUGCCUACCCCACCGUAAUCAUUGAAAUCAUGCAUUCUUUCAUUCAAAUUCAAGUUAGCCCACCAUUUUCCUCCUUUUGUCCUGCAUGUAUAUUACAUUUUUUUAUUUCAAUUAUUAUUUUGUUGAAUGUAAAAUAUUGUGUUUUAUGUCUGUACAGACUUGUGCAUAUUUCUAUGCGAUUAAAAAGAACAUUGAAUUGAAUUAAAUAUAAAUUAUAUAAUUGAUGUUUAUAAAUAUCCCUUUUAAACAAAAUAUUUCCAAAUCUAAUCAAGACCUAUUCAUUUUAAGGACGUUCCACAGUUAAAGUGAAAUCCAUGUCAUUUUCACCAAACUUUGCUCAUAGAUACUUUAGACCCUUAAUAUUCGAAAUAUGCAAAAAUUAACAUAGGUCCAUGUGCUUGAUUUUUUGCUACAGAGCUUCAAAGUUCACCCAAAUUGAUGUUCUUAAGAAUUGCGCAUUCAAAAGAAUUUGGCAUUUUUAGACCGCCCAAGAUUACUACAAUGAGUUUAAACCUCCAAUACUCAUUCAAAAUACAUGAAAAAGUCAUCAAAUUUCGCAAGAGAGUUAAUAAUUGUAUCGUUAGAAUGGAGAAUCUAUUUAUAGUGCUAUUUGUUUGCAAUUUUAGGUUUAACAGCACUGCCAGUUCUUAAAAAUGGCGUAUAAGAUAACAAAAUCCCAAUCUAAAAAAUUUGAAAUUUCAGUAACAAACUACAAACGUACAAUAUAUGCUGCACUUUAUUCAAAAUCCAUGUCAUUUUCACCAAAAUUUGCAGAGUUGUAGAGGAAGGUAUACCUAAAAGGUACAAACAUUAAAAAAUAGGGGUUCAUGUGCUUGUUUUUAAACUAUCAGAAUUUUUAUUAGAGCAAAUGUGCUUUUUAAAACACCAAAAAUGCGCCGAAUGCUUUGUAUCUAUGUGAAGAAAAAAUCAAAACCACUCUACCAUUUAUUUAAACUCGGGGUAAUAUUCGUGAUUCUUGGCAGCACUGCAGAGUAAAGUAUUUUGAAAUUGUAGAGAAUUUUUUUUGAAUGGUCCAUGGAAUAAUUCCAUUUUUUAGUUUCAAGAAAUAACACAUAGGAUCUGCAGUUAAAGUGCAGAAGAUGAAAAAAAUCAGCUCAAACCUGCAGCUAAUUAAUCACCUGUUCAUUCAUUGCGACGUCAGCGCGCAGAGUGUAAAAUAUGCGCAGAUCAUAAUGCGCACAAACAUAACUGUGGAACGUCCUUAAACCUUAGAAAUUUGGGGUUGCCUAAUUAUCGGAAAGUUGAUUGUGGAUGUCAACACAUGAACAUGACUAUAAAUUAACUUUGAGUGACAUAAAUUUUGUAUUGGAAUUUUCUAGAAAUGAAUGAAUGAAGGAGUUUACUUUGAUAUCGUUGUGAUAUGUGCCAAACGAAAUAUAUUAUUUGAAGAAAAUGCAAAACAUCUCAUUUGCUUGAAAGAAAUGUAAUGUAUAUAUAUAGCAAAUGAAAGAACAUUAUUUGAGUGUGAUAAAAUAGUCAUUUCAAUUU